AUGGAAGGCGUACAAGAUGAGCAGUUGUUGCGUCUUGGGCUUGCAAUCGUGAUCGAUUCUGGUAGUGGUCGUGAAAGAAAGGUGAAAAGAAAGAGAAGGGAAGAAUUUAAACCUUUGGAUACGAAUGGAGUUUCUGAAGGAAAUAUCUAUAGUCUUUUGGAAAUGAGGGAAAUCAUGUUAAAGAAAGAAAAGAAGACACCAGAAAUAAGCACGGGCGAGGAUGGAAAAGGACUCCGUUUGAUCCACUUAUUGCUCGUUGCCGCUACCUCCCUUGACGAGAAUAACCUUGAUUCCGCUGUCGAUAAUCUGAGUGAAUUGUAUCAAAACGUAUCUUUGAUAGGCGACUCAGUACAAAGGGUGGCGGCUUAUUUUGCAGAUGGAUUGGUGGCAAGGCUUCUCACACGCCAAUCACCUUUUCACUCAAUGAUAAUGAAGGAACCAGCACCCGAAGAUGAGUUCUUGGCAUACAUGGAACUCUACAAAGUAUCCCCGUAUUACCAGUUUGCUCAUUUCACCGCAAACCAGUCGAUCAUGGAAUCAUUCGAAAGGGAAGAAAAAAAUAACAACCGAUCAUUGCAUGUUGUCGACCUCGAUGUGGCGUAUGGUUUCCAGUGGCCAUCAUUAAUGCAAUCAUUGUCAGACAAGGCCACUUCUGGAAACCGCGUGUCUCUUCGAAUAACAGGGUUUGGAAAAAGCUUGGAGGAACUCGAAGAGACAGAGGCAAGACUAGUCGGCUUUGCCAAAACCUUUAGGAAUCUAAUCUUUGAGUUCCAUGGUAUGCUGAGAUCAAAUUCUGGGCUGAAAUCAAUAACCAAGAGGAAGAACGAAACGGUGGUUGUAAACUCAGUCUUCUAUUUAAAUUCCUUGUGCAACUUCACACACAUCUCAGAAACGUUAAAAUCGAUACACAAUCUAAACCCUUCCCUAGUUGUUAUGGUCGAGCAAGAAGGCGGCCGAAGCCCAAGAACCUUCCUAUCAAGAUUCAUGGAGUUCUUGCAUUACUACGCAGCCAUGUUCGACUCACUGGAUGAUUUCCUUCCUCUGGAUAGUCUCCAAAGGCUUCAGAUCGAAAAGAACCAUCUCGGCAAAGAGAUCAAACGGCUAAUGGAUUUCGAUAAGGACGAGGAAAAUUCGCCAAAGUACGAGAGGAUGGAAACCUGGAAAGGAAGGAUGGAAAGUCAUGGAUUUUCAGGAAGGCGUCUAAGUUCCAAGUCGAUAAUUCAAGCAAAGCUCCUGUUGAAAAUCAAUAGCCAUUAUUGUCCCAUUCAAUUUGGUGGGGAAAAUGGAGGGUUUACUUCCUUUGAAAGAGAAGAAGGCAAUGCCAUUUCUCUGGCUUGGCAAGACAAAUGUUUGAUCACAGCAUCUGCAUGGCAAUGUGCACGAGGAAGAUGA